AAUCAAAUCUCCCCUCAUUCUUCCAUAAAAAAAAUAAAAAAAAAGAGAGAAAAACUUCCCUCGUUCACUUCUUUCACCCAUACUCUCUAUUUCCGCAUCCAAUAAUUUCACCAAUCAACUACUGAACCAUUAUUCUCAAAAUAUCUAGGGUUUUCCACUUUCGAUCAAUUUGACAAUCUUAAUCGCACAAUAUCUUCAAUUUCAACCCAGAAAAAACUUGUAGCAAUUCCCAAUUUUGUGAGGUAAACAAUGGAAGACGGUGAAAUUGGAAUCGAAGAAGAAUCAUCCCCUUCUUCAACAAUUCCACAUUUCCGUGUUUUUGAUGAAAUGGAGCUUCUUGAAUUCAAGGACAAGUAUGUAAUCAGAGCUGUUAAUUCUCCUAAUCGAGGAUUUUCCGCCAAUCGUUUUGAAGGCGAUAUUCAGCCACUUACCAGUGAUGAUGUUCUGGGAAGCCCUGACAAAACCACCAAAAUAUGUGGUGUAGUUGGGACUAUUCAAUUGGUUGCAGGAACGUAUAUACUUGUAAUAACGUCCUCUAAGGAAGUGGGGAAGUAUCAUGGUUUCCCUGUUUUUCGAGUAGAGUCUAUCAAAUACUUGGCCUGUAAUCAGGCCUUAAUGAAACUAGGUGCUCAGGAAAAAAAAGAUGAAGCAUACUUCAGGAAUUUGUUGAGAGUUGUGGAAUCUACUCCAGGAUUAUAUUAUUCCUAUGAAACUGAUAUUACUGUGAAUUUACAGAGGAGGCUAAAGUUGGCAGAAGGAUGGAUGAGCAGUCCAAUUUGGAAACAGGCUGAUCCGCGCUUUGUAUGGAACAGAGCUCUUUUGGAUGAUCUUAUCGAGUGUAAGCUUGACGAGUUCAUUAUGCCUCUGGUGCAAGGAAGCUUUCAGACUGCAGAGUUGAAGUUAAAAGAUGCACCUGUCACUGUUACGUUGAUAUCAAGAAGAUGUACAAGACGGCUAGGAACCAGAAUGUGGAGAAGGGGAGCUAACCUGGAGGGAGAUGCUGCUAACUUCAUUGAAACAGAACAGCUGCUGGAAUCGAAGGAUUUCAAGUCCUCAUUUUUGCAGGUCCGGGGUUCAAUCCCACUUAUCUGGGAGCAAAUUGUUGAUUUGAGCUAUAAACCCCGAUUGAACAUUAUCAACCAUAAAGAUACGUCACAAGUAGUGGAACGCCAUUUCCAUGAUCUAUCACAAAGAUAUGGAGAGAUAUUGGCACUUGACUUAACUGAUGAAUACGGUGAUGAAGGAAAACUUAGCAACGCAUAUGCCGCUGAGAUGGAAAAGCUACCUAGUGUGAGAUACGUCCCCUUUCGCUUCCACACCGUCUGUGGCAACUCAAAUUUUGAUAAGCUGCACCUGCUGUACGACGAAAUUUUAGGCGAUUUUGGAAAUCAAGGAUACUUCCUCGUAGACUCAGAAGGACGUGUGCUGGAAGAACAAAAGGGAGUCAUCAGAUCUAACUGCAUAGAUUGCCUUGAUCGAACAAAUGUGUCCCAGAGCUACCUAGCUCGGAAAUCGUUGGAUUUCCAGUUGCAGAGGGUUGGCAUAUUUUCUCUCGAAGAUGCCAUUUCUACCUGUCAUGAAGAAUUUGACAAGUAUAAAAUCUUGUGGGUUGAGCAAGGCGAUGAGCUAAGCUUAGAAUAUACUGGUACGCAUGCCCUCAAGAGGGACCUUGUGAGAUAUGGGAAGCGGACUUUUGCAGGAUUCAUCACAGACGGAAUGAGUGCAGUUUCAAGAUAUUAUUUGAAUAAUUUUCAGGAUGGUGUCAGACAGGAUGCAAUUGACCUCAUCAGUGGCCACUACUCAGUUGGCAGAAAUAAUCCGUCACCCUUUCAACUUAAUGCUUUCGAAUCACUCUCAUAUCUUCCAGUGGCUUCCGCUUUGUUGAUUGGGGGCCUGACACUGACGUCAUUUUCGCUAAACCAAGUGGGUCGGAAUGCUCAGCAGUUUAUGUCUUCUGUUCUCUGGGCCGGUGCAAGUGCUGGCGUUAUGGCGUUGGUCAAAGCUAAUGGAAGGCAAUUCUGUUCCAGACCUCGCCUCUGUGGCCUUAUAUGAAAACCUUCAAACAAAGUUUCAAGUUGAUUUAAUUGCCAGAUCAAUUAUGUACAUUAUGUAUUACUCUUAUUUUAUAUAUUUAUGUAAUUGGUGCAUAGACCAAUACUGGAAUAUUACAGCAAGAAUCUCCUGCUACAAACUUGCUUUUGUCUUUCAUUCACAUUUAUGUGCCAAUGGUUAAAACAACAUCGUUUCAGAGUGAUGGAGCUUGAAGAGACCUUCAGAGUUCUCAGUCAAAUGUAGGAGGGGCGAAAAGUGCAAGGAAUAAGUCAAUUGUUGUACUAAUUUGACAGUUUUCGGUGUUUAUCUAUGUAUUGAUAUAGUUAUGUAACAGUUUUCCAAAGCUGUAUUUCUGAAACUGUGAUAAUACGACAGCUUCAACACGUUCGUCUUCAAUUUGAUUUAUCAAGUUCAUGUCUAGGCAAUGAAGUUUAAAAGAAAA